CGGCAGCUGUCACCGGUAUGUUUCGUCUGAAGCCAAAGUAUGCCAAGGACAAUAUACCACCAUCAGCAGAUUUCUUUUCCAGUCUUCUUCAAGAAAUCGCAUACUUUGGGAUGUUUCGGCCAUCUCGUCUAGGUUCACAUUCAAGAUACCAGAUCGUUAACGCCGAUACUCCUUCCGAAACGAUGCUUAUUUCAAUCGAUAUACGACCAUCAGAGGGUGAUGAUGACAUAGAUGCAUUAGGGAUAAUACAUUAUUUAAACAUCAUAGUCAAAGACCCAUCAAUGAUGAAUUAUAUAGUUAUAGACCCGGUUUAUGGUGUUGUGCCGCUACUUGA